AUGUCCAAGACAUCUACCAAGGGUGCCGAUAAGGCCGGUAAGGCUAGCAAGGCCUUGAACAAGGUCAAGGAUGCCGGUGUCACCAAGGCUUCCCAGUCCCCCGCUGCCAAGAGCAAGGCCGUUGCCAGCAAGGUCGCCUCCAAGGAGAAGGCCUCCAAGAAGAACAAGAAGAAGGAGCCUACUCCCAGCUCCUCCGAAUCCGAGUCCGAGUCUGAUGAGGACAUGAAGGAUGCUUCCUCCAGCUCUGAGUCUGAGUCCGAGGAGGAGAAGCCCGCCCCCAAGAAGGCCGAGAAGAAGGUCGCUGCCAAGGCUGAGUCUUCUGACUCUUCCGACUCUGACUCUUCCGAGUCUGAGGAGGAGAAGCCCGCCCCCAAGAAGGCCGAGAAGAAGGUCGCUGCCAAGGCUGAGUCUUCUGACUCUUCCGACUCUGACUCUUCUGAGUCCGAGGAGGAGAAGCCCGCCCCCAAGAAGGCCGAGAAGAAGGUCGCUGCCAAGGCUGAGUCUUCUGACUCUUCCGACUCUGACUCUUCCGAGUCUGAGGAGGAGAAGCCCGCCCCCAAGAAGACCGAGAAGAAGGCCGAGUCUUCCGACUCUUCCGACUCUGAGUCUGAGUCCGAGGCCAAGAAGGCUUCUUCCGACUCCGAGUCUGGUUCUGACUCUGACAGCUCUGACUCUGACUCUGACUCCGAGGAGACCCCUGUCUCCAAGAAGCGCAAGGCUGAUGAGGAGCCUGCUGCCACUGCCAAGAAGUCCAAGACCGAGGAGGUCCCCGAAGGUGCUGUCGCCAACCUGUUCAUUGGCAACCUGUCCUGGAACGUUGAUGAGGAGUGGCUCCAGCGUGAGUUCGCCGAGUUCGGUGAGCUCUCCGGUGUCCGCAUUGUCACCGACCGCGAGACUGGCCGCUCCCGUGGCUUCGGCUACGUUGAGUACAACAGCGCCGCCGAUGCCGCUAAGGCCAUGGAGGCCAAGAAGGGUACCGAUCUUGAUGGCCGCACCAUCAACCUCGACUACGCCGCUCCCCGUCAGGCCAACCCCCCUGCCGACCGCUCCCAGGAUCGUGCUCGCUCCUACGGUGACCAGACCAGCCCCGAGAGUGACACUCUUUUCGUUGGCAACCUUCCCUUCAGCGCCACUGAGGAUGCUCUCCACGAGGUCUUCGGCGAGCAGGGCUCCGUUCUCGGAAUCCGUCUCCCCACUGAGCAGGAGACCGGCCGCCCCAAGGGCUUCGGUUACGUUCAGUUCUCUUCCAUCGAUGAGGCCAAGGCUGCCCACGGCGCUCUCAACGGCCACGAGCUCGAGGGCCGUGCUAUCCGUCUUGACUUCUCUACUCCCCGCCCUGCCGGUGGUGACCGUGGUGGCUUCGGCGGCCGUGGUGGUGGUCGUGGUGGUGGCCGUGGUGGCUUCGGUGGUCGCGGCGGCGGCGGCGGUUUCGGUGGACGCGGUGGUGGUGGUCGCGGCGGUGGCCGUGGUGGCUUCGGCGACCGUGGCGGCCGUGGUGGUGCUCUCAACAAGGGUAAGGGCUCCAUCCCCGAGUACAAGGGUACCAAGGUCACCUUCUAA